GAGAGAGAGAGAGAGAUGUGAUAACAGUGACAGAAUUGUUCUAUGAUGACAACCGGAUUAAUGUUUGACGCUCUGUCAGGUUAAAGAAUAGCCACAUUACAAAUCCGUGUCGGAAACAUCAGAGUCAGACCGAAGCUCGUAGUCAACAUCUUCGCGUGUGGAUUCCAACUUGAAGAAGAAUUUUGGCGGUUAAUUACGUGUCACAGGCUCUGCUGGCCCUGGCAUCUCCCUCUGGACCUGGGGUGUGUCGGGGGCUAUGGUGAGGACAUGUGCCUCAGCGGGAGGACUGGAUGUCAUGGAGGAGAUGGAUUGGGGCUGCGGAGAGGAUUGGGUAAAGUGUUGGAGAGAGGAGGGCUGGGCACAAAGCUUGGGACAGAAAGAAGACUGGAGAGAGGGAGGGCGAGAGAGAGAGGGCAGGGAACCAGGACAUGGCUGGGGCAGGAGACAAGGCUUGGGAGAGACCUGGGUCGAGGCCUGGGAGGCUGGUCAUUCACCCUGCUGGUCCUGCUCCUCCUACUCUCCCCGGUGUUCCCCCAGUGCCCUGACAGCUGCCACUGUGUGUGGGAGAGCAGCAUGGUGCUGUGUACGGACGCUGGGCUCCGUGAGUUCCCCCAAGGCCUUCCUCCGGACACCGUCACCCUCCACCUGGAGAGGAACUACAUCCGCUCGCUCCCCGAGAGCGCCUUUAGGGAGCUGACCCACCUGAGGGAGCUUUACCUCUCCCACAACCGCAUCGACACCCUCUCCUCCGGGGCCCUGCGUCACCUGAGCUCAGAGCUCCGUCUCCUGGAUCUUUCACACAACCUGUUACGCCAGGCCAGCCGGGACGAGUUCAGUUCCACGCGGGCCAAGACGCGCCUCUACCACAACCCGUGGCACUGCGACUGUACCCUGCAGGAGCUGAUGGAGACGUUAAAUCUAGAGCCGGAGACGGUCAACGGGAUCGUGUGUGAGAGCUCGGUGAGGAGCGCCGGGGAGGUGAGUCGCUGGGAGGAUCCAGGGGGUGCAGGGGAGCACGCCGGUCAACCGCUGGUUAAAUUGCUUGACUCUGGGGUGAACUUCUGUAAUCUCCAGCGGAAGACCACGGAUGUGGCUAUGCUGGUGACCAUGUUCGUGUGGUUCUUCAUGGUCAUUGUUUAUGUGGUCUACUACGUGAGACAGAACCAGGCUGAGACCAGAAGACAUCUGGAGUAUCUGAAGAGUUUGCCCAGUCCGAGGAAAACAGUCACGGAGUCAGACACGAUAAGCACUGGUCUCUGAACUAUUUAUUUAUUGCCUUUCUUUAAUCAGGUAGGUUAUUGAGAACACAGUCUAUUUUACAAAAACAACCAAGGGAAGGCCUACGAAAAGGCCGUAGGGACAAUUCAUGUCUCUGUAUUGGGAUGGAGCUUGUUAAUUGAAAAGGGACUAUCUAUAACAACUUUGACUUUAAUUAAAUGAUUACAGCAUUUUAUUUUUGUAACUACUUUUCCAUAAUUAUUUAUAUAUUUUUGCCCUACAUUUAUACAAAAAAAUGAAGGUUUUUGUAUCCACUGGCAUAUGCACAGCUCUAACGCUGUCCAAAUGGAGAGAAAGACCAGAUCAGCACCUUUCAUCAUCAAUACUGGUGGCUUUCAUCAUCAAUACUGGUGGCUUUCAUCAUCAAUACUGGUGGCUUUCAUCAUCAAUACUGGUGGCUUUCAUCAUCAAUACUGGUGGCUUUCAUCAUCAAUACUGGUGGCUUUCAUCAUCAAUACUGGUGGCUUUCAUCAUCAAUACUGGUGGCUUUCAUCAUCAAUACUGGUGGCUUUCAUCUUCAAUACUGGUGGCUUUCAUCUUCAAUACUGGUGGCUUUCAUCAUCAAUACUGGUGGCUUUCAUCAUCAAUACUGGUGGCUUUCAUCAUCAAUACUGGUGGCUUUCAUCAUCAAUACUGGUGGCUUUCAUCAUCAAUAUUGGUGGCUUUCAUCAUCAAUACUGGUGGCUUUCAUCAUCAAUACUGGUGGCUUUCAUCUUCAAUACUGGUGGCUUUCAUCAUCAAUACUGGUGGCUUUCAUCUUCAAUACUGGUGGCUUUCAUCAUCAAUACUGGUGGCUUUCAUCAUCAAUACUGGUGGCUUUCAUCAUCAAUACUGGUGGCUUUCAUCAUCAAUAUUGGUGGCUUUCAUCUUCAAUACUGGUGGCUUUCAUCUUCAAUACUGGUGGCUAUCAUCAUCAAUACUGGUGGCUUUCAUCUUCAAUACUGGUGGCUUUCAUCUUCAAUACUGGUGGCUUUCAUCUUCAAUACUGGUGGCUUUCAUCUUCAAUACUGGUGGCUUUCAUCAUCAAUACUGGUGGCUUUCAUCAUCAAUACUGGUGGCUUUCAUCAUCAAUACUGGUGGCUUUCAUCAUCAAUACUGGUGGCUUUCAUCUUCAAUACUGGUGGCUUUCAUCUUCAAUACUGGUGGCUUUCAUCUUCAAUACUGGUGGCUUUCAUCAUCAAUACUGGUGGCUUUCAUCAUCAAUACUGGUGGCUUUCAUCAUCAAUACUGGUGGCUUUCAUCAUCAAUACUGGUGGCUUUCAUCAUCAAUACUGGUGGCUUUCAUCAUCAAUACUGGUGGCUUUCAUCAUCAAUACUGGUGGCUUUCAUCAUCAAUACUGGUGGCUUUCAUCAUCAAUACUGGUGGCUUUCAUCUUCAAUACUGGUGGCUUUCAUCAUCAAUACUGGUGGCUUUCAUCAUCAAUACUGGUGGCUUUCAUCUUCAAUAAUGGUGGCUUUCAUCUUCAAUACUGGUGGCUUUCAUCAUCAAUACUGGUGGCUUUCAUCAUCAAUACUGGUGGCUUUCAUCAUCAAUACUGGUGGCUUUCAUCAUCAAUACUGGUGGCUUUCAUCUUCAAUACUGGUGGCUUUCAUCAUCAAUACUGGUGGCUUUCAUCUUCAAUACUGGUGGCUUUCAUCUUCAAUACUGGUGGCUUUCAUCAUCAAUACUGGUGGCUUUCAUCUUCAAUAUUGGUGGCUUUCAUCUUCAAUACUGGUGGCUUUCAUCUUCAAUACUGGUGGCUUUCAUCAUCAAUACUGGUCUGUCUGUAAAUAGGGACUGUCUGUUUCUAUUCUGUAUAUCAGGUUCCAAAGACAUGUGAUGUUGUUUAGUGUUCAGGGUGAUUACUCUUACUUUUAUCUCUCUCCAGCCCUUGAUGAUCAGUGAAGGCUAUUUUAACCUCUCACUCUACAAGGUCACUGAGUCUGAACCAGCCAGUCAUCUACAUUCAUAUCCUGUGUUUUAUCACCCUACGAGCCAGGACACAGCCUGAGAUUCUCUGGCAGGCCACUGUUGACCAAUUCAAAGUCUAGGUUGAAAACUAACGGAGAUCGGGCAUUUGCCCGAGACUUUGGAAUGGUCUGCCAGAGGACACCAGGCUUAUAGAUUCAGUGCCUCUUUUUAAAUCCCUUACCGAAGACACACUUUUGUAAAGAUGCUUAGUGAUUUUAUUUUAUGAUGUGAAGCAUGUUACUUGUAUCGAAAAGCGAUAUACAAAUAAAGUUAUAAUUAUAUUAAACCCCACUAAUCCCUCAAUCCGCACUACAUCCAUUCCUUCCUGCUGUUCUAAUGUUACCCUGGCCCUAGGAAGCAGGUGCUGAAUCCCUUUUUUUAGUCAUCAAGUACGUAACAAGCAAUCAUUUCUAAAUUGGUCAAGUUAGGAGAGGCUAGUGUAUGACGGCAGGGUAUCAUCUGUCUCUCGGAAGCAGAGAAAUUAAAUGAAGACCUGAUUUUAGAAUUGAUUGAAUAAUUAACAUUUAUCUUUUGUUAAAAAUUAUCAGAUGAAUGAAACAAACUUGUUUUUGAAAUGCCUUGUUUCUGUGGAUCCUAACGUAUCUUCUUAGUGAUGUUUUAUUAAGAACUGGUUUUCUGUCUGUGUGGUUAAAGUUAUGGUCCUAUAUUUUCUCCCUGGACUUUCUUAUUGUUAGUGAAGUGAGUUUAAAGAGACAGUUGACUUUGAGAUAUUUCCAAUUGAGUCGUAAUAUAUGCAGCUAUUACCGUGAAUGCAGUGUCCGCGAACACGCCAUGGAUUGAAACUAGGGACUCUAUUCAGUCAUGGAAGUUCAGCAUUACAGCCUAAUUAAAAUCGAAAGGCAAUGUUCCCACUUUAGCGGAGACCGCAUUCACGGUAAACGUUGCACAUGCCAGCUCAAUGGGAAAUGAUCUUAAAAUGUAUAUCACAGAAUCUGUAACGCUUCAGCGAUCCAGACCGAAUAGCUUAAUGUCGUGAACUAAAUGAAAGCAUGCUGGUGAAUGUGUGUAAUACGUUCAAUGACUUUUUUCCCCUGACAUUAUUGAUUGAGAAUGAGUCCUGUACCAUAUUGUUGCUAUAUCAAUCAGAAUGGGAUAUUAUGUGUUUCAUGAAAAAAAAAAAAUGGUUUGUACAGUAGCCUAUAUGUGGUACGUUUCUAUGGAGAUAUUCCUAUUACUUUUGUCUCAGACAAACCCUAAGAGGUUUUGUAUUGUGUUUGUGUAAUGUUGUGGCAUUCAGAGUUCCAUUCUAGCACAGGUUGUGGUAUAGCACUGUCAAUUUAAAUGAUAGCACUGUCAAUUUAAAUGAUAGCACUGUCAAUUUAAAUGAUAGCACUGUCAAUUUAAAUGAUAGCUCUGUCAAUGUAAAUGAUAGCACUGCCAAUUUAAAUGAUAGCACUGUCAAUUUAAAUGAUAGCACUGUCAAUUUAAAUGAUAGCACUGUCAAUUUAAAUGAUAGCACUGUCAAUUUAAAUGAUAGCACUGUCAAUUUAAAUGAUAGCACUGUCAAUUUAAAUGAUAGCACUGUCAAUUUAAAUGAUAGCACUGUCAAUUUUAAUGAUACCACUGUCAAUUUUAAUGAUAGCACUGUCAAUUUAAAUGAUAGCACUGUCAAUUUAAAUGAUAGCACUGUCCAUUUAAAUGAUAGCACUGUCAAUUUAAAUGAUAGCACUGUCAAUUUAAAUGAUAGCACUGUCAAUUUAAAUGAUAGCACUGUCAAUUUAAAUGAUAGCACUGUCAAUUUAAAUGAUAGCACUGUCAAGUUAAAUGAUAGCACUGUCAAGUUAAAUGAUAGCACUGUCAAUUUAAAUGAUAGCACUGUCAAAUUAAAUGAUAGCAUUGUCUAUUUAAAAGAGAGCACUGUCAAUUUAAAUGAUAGCACUGUCAAUUUAAAUGAUAGCACUGUCAAUUUAAAUGAUAGCACUGUCAAUUUAAAUGAUAGCACUGUCAAUUUAAAAGGGAGCACUGUCAAUUUAAAAGGGAGCACUGUCAAUUAAAAUGAUAGCACUGUCAAUUUAAAUGAUAGCACUGUCAAUUUAAAUGAUAGCACUGUCAAUUUAAAUGAUAGCACUGUAAAUUUAAAUGAUAGCACUGUCAAUUUAAAUGAUAGCACUGUCAAGUUAAAUGAUAGCACUGUCAAGUUAAAUGAUAGCACUGUCAAUUUAAAUGAUAGCACUGUCAAAUUAAAUGAUAGCAUUGUCUAUUUAAAAGAGAGCACUGUCAAUUUAAAUGAUAGCACUGUCAAUUUAAAUGAUAGCACUGUCAAUUUAAAAGGGAGCACUGUCAAUUUAAAAGGGAGAACUGUCAAUUAAAAUGAUAGCACUGUCAAUUUAAAUGAUAGCACUGUCAAUUGAAAUGAUAGCACUGUCAAUUGAAAUGAUAGCACUGUCAAUUAAAAAGAGAGCACUGUCAAUUAAAAAGAGAGCACUGUCAAGUUAAAUGAUAGCACUGUCAAGUUAAAUGAUAGCACUGUCAAGUUAAAUGAUAGCACUGUGAAUUGAAAUGAUAGCACUGUCAAUUAAAAAGAGAGCACUGUCAAGUUAAAUGAUAGCACUGUCAAGUUAAUUAUGAUAGCACUGUCAAGUUAAAUGAUAGCACUGUCAAUUAAAAAGAGAGCACUGUCAAGUUAAAUGAUAGCACUGUCAAGUUAAAUGAUAGCACUGUCAAGUUAAAUGAUAGCACUGUCAAUUAAAAAGAGAGCACUGUCAAGUUAAAUGAUAGCACUGUCAAGUUAAAUGAUAGCACUGUCAAUUUAAAUGAUAUCACUGUUAAUUUAAAUGAUAGCACUGUCCCUUUAAAUGAUAACCCAACUCCUUUAAUUGAUUGCACAGUCCCUUUAAAUGAUAACCCAACUCCUUUAAUUGAUUGCACAGUCCCUUUAAAUGAUAACCCAACUCCUUUAAUUGAUUGCACAGUCCCUUUAAAUGAUAACCCAACUCCUUUAAUUGAUUGCACAGUCCCUUUAAACGAUAACCCAACUCCUUUAAUUGAUUGCACAGUCCCUUUAAAUGAUAACCCAACUCCUGUAAAUGAUUGCACUGUCCCUUUAAUUGAUAGCCCAACUCCUUUAAUUGAUUGCACAGUCCCUUUAAAUGAUAACCCAACUCCUGUAAAUGAUAGCACUGUCCCUUUAAAUGAUAACCCAACUCCUUUAAUUGAUUGCACAGUCCCUUUAAAUGAUAACCCGACUCCUUUAAAUGAUUGCACUGUCCCUUUAAAUGAUAACCCAACUCCUUUAAUUGAUUGCACAGUCCCUUUAUAAUGAUAACCCAACUCCUUUAAUUGAUUGCACAGUCCCUUUAAUUGAUAACCCAACUCCUUUAAUUGAUAACCCAACUCCUUUAAUUGAUUGCAAUGUCCUGUCAUUAACUGUAGUGUAACUGUUUUACGUCAUAGGCUACAAUGAAUACCACAACCUGAGUGACAAACCCGGUCUGUGGAGAUGCCAAUAACCCAGACAACAAGAACCAAGCAUGCCUCCUUCUGUGGCAUUUUUACAACAGGGGUUUAUUUGUGAUGUAUUUUCAUCUUGCUGAUUUAGUUUUUUUCUCCUGUUGUUUUAAAUGUCAAUCAUUAUUCUAAACAAAGACGACGACAUCGUAGAUUCGGGAACCAAUACAUCACAUCAUAAAUGAACUUUAAAACCAAAUUACGGGGGAAAAAUAAAAUAAACGUGGCUCUGUGUUGUUUAGAGAAAUGCUUCUACCUUUUAUUGCUACGGUGAAAGGUGAAAGGUGAAAGGUCAGGAAAGAAAAGGGGAAAAAAUGUAAAGACAGGAUGACAAUCGGUUCAUACAGUUACUGAUGACAGCGGUUGGAAAUGUCUCCCUUCUCUUAUCUAGCAUGCUUAAAAAACAAUCUGAAAAUAUUGAAAAAAGGUUUUUACAUUUUACAAAAUAGUACAUGAUAUGAACUUCGCACCUCCUCACAAAAAUGUUGCAUACUCUCUCCGAUGAAGAAAACAACAAAUAAAUUGGGGUGCCACCCACUUGUGAUCCAUGGUC